AUGAUACUGAGCCUGACAUCGAAAAGGCUGAUGAAUCAAUUGGCGUGUCGUUUUUGUGCGAACAAUGAGUUUGUUCACGUUGUUGAUCCUCUGCUCGAUCUACGGCAUCGAUUCAACGACAAACAACAACUCCGUACUAUGCUGAAGGCCAGGCGAUUCGACGUGAAUGUGGAUGAUGUUGAGGCGAAGUAUCAGCGAUGGUGGAAAGCGUAUGAGUGCGUUUGUGCUGACCAAUUGAAGGUAAUCGAUCGUUACCUUUGA